GUCGACAUAAACAGCGCGCAAGCUACUUGUGGCGCGUCGCGGACGCCGUUAGGUAAUCCUCCCAGUACUGUUAUAUAUAUGCGUACAGAAGUGCCCAGUCACACGGCGCCAAAGACGCUCGUCGACACCUCCCGCCCAGCGCUUGCCCAAUUUCAGAUUUUGUCCUCUCUCCACAGCCCCCUCCCACACGCGUCCGGCGCACGGUCAGCACACGCCAUGGCGACGACGCAAUACCUCCUCGACUCGAUGCCCUCGCCGUUCUACGACCCAGAACUCGCCAAGACCAAGCCGUCGCCAAAGCCGAGUCGCAUCUGGCGCAUUCCGCCGCUGGCCAACCCGCUACGGACCCCGAAGCGCGGCGACGACCCGAUGCCAACACCCGGUCGCGCCAAGCGCAAUAGCGCUGCCGUGCUGCCCGAGUCGUCGAGCCGGUCGGCCUCGGUUGUCGGCGAAUAUUACAUUGACAUGCCACCCACGCCGGCGCUCGUCGCAGUUGUGGCCGCCGUCGUGAGUCCGCGGGAAGGCCUUCCGCGCUGGCCUGGCUUUUCGACGCCGACGGGUCUUCUGCGGUGCCUGGAUUGGUUUGGUACCAUCGUGUUUGCUGUGAGUGGCGCGCUCACCGCGGCCAUGUGCGGCGCCAACCUCCUCGGGAGUCUCCUCAUUGGCACAAUCACGGCCAUCGGCGGCGGUACGCUCCGUGACUCGAUCGUGCUCUGCAAGCCCCCGUUCUGGGUCGAAGAGGCCGAGUACCUCCUGCUGAGUAUCAUUCCCGCCGGCAUUGCGUUCUUCCUCUGGGGCGCGCUGGCUCCCGGCACGGAGAUCCUACCUGGAAUCACGCUCAAGGCCGUCGAUGGCGGCGAAGGCACGGCCAUGCAGUGGGGUGACGCGAUCGGCGUCGGCGCGUUUGCCGUCAUUGGUGUCAUGAACGGCAUCCGUGCCGACGCGCCCUUUCUGGUCUGCGCGCUCUGUGGCAUGAUGACGUCGACCUUUGGCGGCAUGGUUCGCGACGGCCUUCUCCAGCACCCCGUGCGCAUCAUGCACUCGUAUGCGGAUGCGUAUGCGUCGAUAGCGCUAGCGUCGGCGUGCGUCUACCUCUGGCUCCGGAAGGUUGCGCCGGCGCGCCAAGGCCUUCGCAUCGCGAUCGCAGUCACCUUGGCCAUUCUUCUGCGAGAACAAGCGUGGACGCACGGGUGGCGGCUGCCCAUGUGGGCGACCAACUCGCAAAAUGUGAUUGUCGUCGAGGCUGACCCGCGCCUCGCGCUGUAGACGUCCUCGUUGUUUUUGCGUUUAUAACACGUGUGUAUAUCAAUAGAAAAUAAAAAAGCGUGCGUACUGUGAGAUGUGGACAAUAAUGUCAAGCAC